GUAAUUCUUCUUCUUUUUCCCAGGUCGUGUACGUUGUACACACAUAAAUCCAAAUUUUUCCUUAUUCCAUAAUGGUGAAGAGGUCCGAGCAGGCAUGCUCUUCGGAGCAUUCUGCAUGAGAUCUGAAACCAAAUGCUGCUAAGCAUUCGGGGUAUCACGAGCGGUUAACGUGAAUCUUCGAAUACUUUAAAAGUCAGGAGUUUCGGCCGUAGUAUACUACAGUAUACCAAAGCAGCAUUUGAGAAAUAGUACAACGAAAAGCGAUGGAUUCAAGAGCAUCUCUAGCUCCACAGAAUGCAAGUCUUCCUUCAGCGAGCACUUCGAACGCUGAUCCAAGUUCGCUGUCGGGACAGUCCUCCACAUCUUCAUGGGAUCGUAUGUCGCAGGAUGCUCGGGCGGAAGUCUUACGGAAAUUGAAGCGCGAAAGUGUGCGUCUCCGAACGUUUCAGCGUUGGUCGUCCCCACUGGUUAUGCCGGAAGAUCUUGCGCGUGCAGGAUUCUUCUAUUUUAACGACAGUGACAGAGUGCAGUGCGUUUUCUGUCUCGGAAUCAUUCAUCAGUGGGAACGUGGCGACGUUCCGAUGGAACAGCAUCGAGAACAUUUUCCAAGAUGCCCGUUCGUUAUUGGACUACCCGUUGGAAACCUCCCCAUCCGCGAAUCCAGAAAUGAACCGCCGGUUUACACUCCUGUGCCACAAGUCCCGGGCGGAAUUGAUGUCGUCGGUUCACAAUCCCUGCAGCUCAGAAUGAGAAGUGCGCAGCCAGAGAACUACGGUCCCGGCGAAAUGAAGGUGACAACUCUAGGUGGAAGUACUUUGAACGACUUGGGUGUGUUGUCGUGGUCAUCUCCUGCGAUGCCUGCUUUCCGAACGCUUGAUUCGCGAAUAAAGAGUUUCUCUAGUUGGCCUAGAGGAUUACCACAGAAACCGCUCACCCUUGCUGAAGCGGGUCUUUAUUAUACAGGUGUCAGUGAUGAAGUCAAGUGCUUUCAAUGCGACGGUGGUUUAAAAGGAUGGGAACCACACGACGAUCCAUGGGUAGAACAUGCGAAGUGGUUUCCGGAGUGCAACCACGUAUUACUGAUCAAGGGAAAGGAAUUCGUACUGGAUGUCAAGAAACAAACCGUUUUAUCAACGGACCCAGAAGCCCGAGAAAGAGCUGCGCUUCGACUAAUGCGAGAGGAACCAGCAUUGACCGUCCUCGGCAUGGGUAUCAACUUCGGAGAUGUGAAAAAAGCUAUACUGAAUAGUUUGGAGAAAUUUGGUCGAGGGUACACGGAUGCGACAGUACUUGCGAGGGCAGCACAUAACUUCGCAGCGGAUCGAAAUCUAGAUUAUCCUGCAAGAAGUACGAGAGAACGCGACAACUCGGAAUCCGGAUACGAGUCCAUGCAUGGGUCCCAGUCACCGGAGAUUAUUGAAGGUGCCGUGGCCGCCCCUUUCCCAACUGUUCGUCCCAGGAUAGGAACCUCCACCGUUGUUGCUACUGCUGCAAAAGAAGACGUUGUUAUGGGAGAGGACGUGGUUCCAACCUCAGCAAAGCAGUCUGCUGAAAAGUCAAAAACAACCGAUGAAAAAUUUGAUUUCAUGUGUAAAAUCUGCAUGGCAAACAAAGUGGAGAUCGUGAUUUUGCCGUGCGGUCACCUCUGUUCGUGCCAGGGAUGCUCGUCGUCAAUAAAGAAUUGCCCGAUUUGUCGCGAAGAGUUCCGCGGAUUUGCAAGAGUGUAUUUGAGCUAGAGAAGCCCCUCUUUGGAGAGGUUUUCUAGAGUCGAUCCCAAAACGCCAGGUGCUGCUAGAAAGAAAUUUUGAAGAAACUCCGAACUGUUGCGGUUUGCGGCUUGGCGUGGUAGCACUUAUUUCGCAAAAAUCGAGGCGCUUGGCCUCCGAGUUACCGAACUUGUGGGCAUCCUCAAGCAAGAAUGGAAUGAAUGGACGGAAAGAGACUCCCCUUCCACUUUCGAUCGCUUUUUUGCUGUACAGUAGUUCCGUGGACUAAAUGAAAUAACAUCCGAGGAUCUGAUCAGUGAAGCCCAACAACAGGGACAUUCAAGAAUCCAACUCAAGUGGGCCCCGCGUUCAUGGGAACAGUGGAGAACAGAGGAUUGGUUCAAAAUUUUUGAACUUUCCAAGAUGGUUUUUUUUUUUGUUGUAGUGAAGAAUGUUCUCGUCUUUACCCGCCUUAGUGAAGAUAAGGAAAAGCGAAGGAGCCUGAAGAAAUACACGUAUUAACGAACUUCGCUUGACCUACUAAGUUGCUGGUGGUCCAAGUUCAACCAAAUUUUCCACCCGAGUGAAAAACCAUCUGGAGAAUUAUUCCUUGUACAAUACAGUACCAUAAGUUCUUAACCUGGGCUCUGUCCGAAUUUUCUCGAAACAGCCAUGGGAAAUAGGAGACGAAAGAAUGGAGUGAAUUUAAAUGGCAAUAAAUUGCGUUUAAGCCAAGAAGAGGUCAGGAAAAGUCUCUGUAAUACGAUGGGAAGAACGUUCCCUUUUUUCGAUGCCAUGAAAUUGAAUUUGAAGAAGGCAUAGUCAUAGAAAUGUAAUUUGAAAAGGGCUCCGUUUGUAGGAAUUGUUGAUUCAUUUUAAAUCCCAAAACGUUGGCAAUAUGCUGAACAUUUCGAUCGUGUCUGACUGCGUGUGGGUGAAGCAUUAUGCACUUUUUUUUUGUGCCCUGGAAUCGAGUCUUCCCAAUCGCAAAACUGUUGAACCAGUCAAAGUAUCUUCUGUUUUCUAGUGAGCGGUGGGGAUUCUUGAUUGUCCUCGCGGAAAAAAAAAAAACUCCAAUCGUACGGUAAAAACGCGUGCUGAAUUACACCGCACUCCGACUCGUAGAUACAUUUGAUCAAUGCAAUGUGAAGGUUCUCGAAACGGUUCACGUUUUCAAGUCACAGGCUGUAAGUAGUUUCUCUUGAGACGAUGGAUGCGCAUUCUGUAGUAUAUCUCUUGCAUAUUUUGCUGUGAUCCUGAUUUUUUUUGACACUGGAAAAAAAUUCCAACUGGCUUUUUGUGUGUCGUGCAGCUCAAGGAUGCUUUCACGAUUCUUCCGAAAUUUAUGGAAUCGGGUCAGCCAUAGUGAACUUUCUUUUGAUUACACGAAUGAUUUGCUGAUGGCGUGACGUCGUGGGGGGGGGGGGGGGCUUUUUGUGCAUUUUUUCGGGUUGAUGUCUUGUUUCGAAUGCAAAAAUCUCCUAUAUUUUUCCUCGUUUCGUGUGUUGACAUAUACUAGUGGUGUACAUGAAACUAAAAUGCGAAUUUCAGUAGGAUAUCUAAUGGGAUCGACAGUGAUGUGGAAAAAAAAAAGGUCGUGUUCGGAGUGCCGGGAAACUUGGAACGACUUCUUUGUUCUAACUUGCUUCAGACGAAAUUUUCGAAAAAUAUUCGAUUUCGUCGAAAUAUCAGAAUAAAAAUCUUUUUUCUCGGUUUCACUACGAACGGGUCGAUGUUAAUGAUUUCGAAGUAUUGUGGGUGCUGUAAUUGGUGGUGUGUUUUAAUUACGGUGGAGGAAAUGCGGGCAUUACACGUUUGAAGCCAGUCGGUUUUUGAAACUGAGACCUGGGUUUUUUUUUGUAGUGUCCUUUUUUUAUUGUGGUUCUUGGUAUUUUUUCGUUGUGAGAAGUGAAUCAUCAUGUCCAUGCUUGUGUUUAGGUCCUGAAAUUUUAAAGAAAUAACCCGAAUGUCCAACGGUCAUCAUUGUUUUCGUUGCAACAAAGUUUGAAAAUUCUACGUUAAUAAAUGCAAAAUUAUCGAUUUUGACGCGCCUUUCAACUAGCGGCUUCAUUUUGCAACGUCACUAUUAUUGUGUUAGAAAUUGGGGAAACUUGUGGAUGGGUCCAAUGUGUGAAAGAGAUGACCUGAAUGAUUCAUGUAAAAUUAGUUUUUGUUGCUAUAUUCCUUGUUGAUCAAAUUAAUCUAGUAUGACGCUAUGAAACUUGUUCCUACAAUUUUUCUUGUCGGUAUUAUGUCUUUCGUUGUUAGUAAACGUGCAUUCAACGUUGAUAAGCAAAUUAAAAAAUUAUUUUGCUGCAAUUAUAAUAGCCCAGAUCAAUUUUUCAAGUCAACUAUUAUUUUCGGUGUGACAAAGCUUGUGUAUAGUACCUGAAUAUUAUGUAAAAUCAAUUUUGACGCUGUUGAACUUGAGGUUUCAUUUGUGUGAUCAUUCCUGAGUGAAUUUAGCUUUUUUUGGAUGCAGUGGUGCCUCAAACCUUUCUGUGCUAUGUCUUGUCUGUAUGCAUAAAAUAAUAGAUUGGCAUUGUAGUAAAGAAUCAGAUUUUGAACCAUCAGGUCCCAAACUACAAACUCCAUUUGCAAAUGUUUUUUUCAACUGUAAAUGGAAAUGUUGAUUCAACUGUAAAUGGAGUAUAAAACCUGUUUUAUGUAGGGGAUGACACAGCUGAAUUACCUUGAAAUCUUAUGGGAAAUUUGAGAAAGAAUGUCAACUCCUGGGUGGAUUUGAAAAAUUAAUGUAUUAUUGAAUAGGCGGAGAGCAUGAUUUUCCUUUGUUUCUGUUGUAUGUAUUUCCACUGCAAUAUGUUUUGUUUCACUGCACUUCUGAUUUUAUGUUGAGUUGGGAUCUUUGGGCAAAAUGGUUUUCACUUCAGCACAAGUUGUAUCCUUUUUAUAAAUAUUUGUAGGCUAAGGACAUGUGAAUAUGCAAUUGGGCUUCAUGGACUUACACUUAAUAUUGCAGAAGUUCUUUGAUAAUUGCUUUGUGUGCAUCUGUAAAGUAUCUGAUCAUUUGAGUUGGAUUGAGAUAUGACUAUAUUAGCCAACUGAUUGAAUUAUCAUUAAAGUAAUACAUAUUUGCCCUGGCAAAAAUCUUGGUCCAACUGGGUAAAAUAACUAUGCCAAAAAACCCUUCCUAAUCCAUCAAAAUCUCAUCUGAUUUAAUCUUUAUUAUUACAAUGAAUCUCAUCAGAAUUUUUUUCAUAAAUAGCUUCACAAUGAAUUUCUUACUAUAACAGCAUUCACAGGUUACUACAGCUUUGUUGUGAUGGGAUUUUAUGGUUGGACAAAUAACUGUUCAGAUCAGAAGUAAUUUUCUUUGAGUACAAUCCACUCCAGUAAAGUCAUAAUACUGAACAGUAUUCAUACACAGGUGGGUCAGGAAAAAUUCAUUUUAGAGAUGAAUUUUUUGCAGAGAAUUGGUAUAACAAGAAAAGAUAACGCUGUAGGACAAAAAAUCACACAAGUAGUUUAAAAAAAAUUGUAGUGAUGAAGACAAUUUUUUUGCUAUAGAAAGAGUAAACAACUGUCAACCCCACACAAAGGACUUAAUGUACAACAGACUGGUAUCUUGCGUGAAAAAUCUGUAAUGCAAAUUUAAUCAUUGAAACAUGAAUUUAUUUUUACUUUUUACCAUUUAUUUUGAACCAGCAGAAGUCUGUGUUGCAGAUUUAGUCCAUUUUGUGGGAGGGAAAACUGUCUCCAGAUGCUGUCUAUUGUGCAAGGGUUGACUGUAUUCCAUGUCCCAAGUGCUUUUUAUGCAAAAUUUUACCAUUUUCCAAUUAAUGUCUUAGAAUAUUCUCAAAUUUUCAAACUUGUUUGCUGUCUGAAGAAAUGAGUGAUUUCCUUCAAUAUUUAUUGAAUGAAUAUUUCAAGAUUCUUGGGAUCUCUGGUGUGAAAUUAUUUUUUGUUUUCAGGAUAUCUGCGUCAUCUAUGAGAUCAGAAGUGAACUUCGCCUGUCGAGUCCCUGAUGCUGUUGCGAAUUAUUAUGUUCACUUUUGCACUCAUUUAUUGUUGGGAUACGAAUUGAGUAGAAGCGUUGUAACGGACGUAUUUCGUCGCGCGGAAUAAUUUGUUCCCUUCGGAAGAGUACUUUUAGAAGUGAUCGAUUUUUUCGGCACAUCUAAGCUGUAUUACAUGCGACCAGCUACUGUGAUGUCCAUUGCAAAUUUUUGUGCACGUGGGAUGUUUGGUAUUUUGCCCCAAAUGCUAUAAUAUGUGCUGUCAAUCUGAAGAGGCUUCGAAAUAAAAGCUCAUGACACCGGGUCUUCUUUUUAA